AGGGAUGGUUUUCCCUCGUUUUAUUGGCUCUCGUGUUGACGAAUGUCCACUGCCAGAUACUGGAAGGCGAUAUGCCCACAGAACUGGUUGAAUGCUACCAGAUGAACGCCAAUAAAAAACUCUAUGAUAACAGUACAUAUUCAACCUCUGCAGACAUACACGCAAAUUGUAUGCAGCUCUUUCUUUGGAAGUCAGCAAAUGUCCGUUGGAGCGAUUUUAAUAUCACGGAAAAAGAUAGGAGCUUCAUAAACUCUCUUAUAGGAUCGUUUGUACGUCGUGGUCGAACAAAGCGUCAAGCCGGCCCUGGUGGCCCCGGCGGCCCCGGACCCCGUGGCCGGAUAUUUCCCAUGACAGGGUUUAGAGUCCGACGAGAAUACAGACGACUGUCUGACAGGGAAAGAACUGCCUUCCAUGCCGCCAUUAAUCAAAUGAAAAUGUCAGGGCAGUAUAACACGUUUGCAAAUCUUCAUCAAGGAAUGGUCGUAACAUCUGCUCACGGUGGACCUAAUUUCUUAGGCUGGCACAGGGUCUACGUUGCGCUGGUUGAGGAAGCGCUACGUCGUAUUAACCGACGAAUAUCACUACCAUACUGGGAUUCAACUCUUGACUUCGACAUGACAAAUCCUGCCAACUCUAUCAUAUGGUCAGCUCCCUUUUUAGGCAACGGCGAUGGCUUUGUAACAGUUGGUCCUUUUGCAAACUGGCAAACCCCGGUCGGUCGACUGACACGAAAUGUUGGUGGCGGUAGUAGACUUUUCUCUAGGGCAGUUAUUCGAGCAAUUAUGUCUCGUUGUCGCAUACGCGAAAUAUCCGAACCUACAGCACAGGAACAGUUUAAUCUUGAACUUGCCCAUGGUGGCCCACACGUUUGGGUGGGAGGGCAGAUGUCAGGUCUAAAUACUGCUGCACAUGAUCCUGUAUUUUUCCUCCACCAUACUUAUGUUGAUUACAUUUGGGAAAUGUUCCGAAUGAGACAGGCUCGAUUUUGUGGUGUGAAUCCUUCAAGAGACUACCCACCGACAAUGGGAGAACACGCGGCACAAAGACCUAUGGAUGGUUUCCCUCAAUAUAGAAAUAUUGACGGGUAUCGUAGUUACUGGACACGAUUUUGGUAUAGAUAUGAGCGUUCUCCAACUUGUGCCAGGUGGCGACCAUUUUGUGGGACUCCAUAUCUACGAUGUGAUGUCGCAAGGCAACGAUGUGUAUCAGUUGCACGAAUGGUAGCACCGAUGGUAGCACCGGCAGCGGGUAUUGCAGGAGCAAGAGCAAGUAUGGCAUUUGGUGGAAGUCCGCCCCAAACAAUGGCUUCGUCACUUCGAGCAAGAGCACAAGAGGCAACUGUUAUGAUUGGUCCUCGAUUUAGAGCACCACCUGCGGAGCCAAGAACUCUUGAUGCCAAUAUAGGUAGAAUGGCUGGCGUUAGAAUGAGAAGAUCAGUGAAUACGACUGUUGAUACGAAUUCUAAGAAAAUAGCAAAAGCAAAAUCUUUUGGUGACUAUGGACCAAAAUUUAAUGCUCCGCCGUCUGACGGUCGAACAUCUGACGUGCUAAGUGAUACGUUUGCUGGUGGUGUUAUAGGUUUUGAUCCUAUUACUGACCCAAUGGUGCAAGAUGGAAUUGUUUUCCCAGUUUCAGAGCCACUUCCUCUUUUGCCUACUUUGGACUAUCCUGAGCCUGCAAUUAAUGAUUUGCUGAGGACACCGGCACAAAACUCAUUCUUCCUGGACGGCCAAACUAACAUUAGUAAUUGGGCUUUUAUUCCUGUCAGAGUUCUUUUCACGAAUGACAGAGAAGGUAUUUCCGCUUAUUUUCCGGAAUUCAACAGUCAAUAUCCACCAUACGUGGGUCAAUUUCCAAUGUUUCAACCACAACGUGAAAAAUGCAUUCAGGAUCCGUCCGGUGCGAUCCAGGUUAAGGUACAGUCAAGCGGACUUAAUUACCACGGAACAUUUACCGAAAAUGCAUUAAUAGAUACACAUCUUCCUAUAGAUUCAACAAUAACUUAUAUUGGAAUCAAAUCUCCGAAGAAUUCAACGACAGAAGCAAUCGUUACUGCUGUACAUUCAUGUGGAAUAAUGUGCCAAGCACAUUGUAUGAUUCCAAAUUCAAAACCAAUUGCAUUCAAGCCAUGUAAUGGUGUUUUGAAGAUAGAAGGAAACAAUACAAAUCUCUUUGGUAACACCUAUAAGGAAGCGGUGGCUAACGCCUGGAAAGGGAAGCAAUUCAAUGAUAUUCUUUCAGAGAACGUCAGAGUUGCCUUCCAUUGCUCGAUGUCCUCGGUAUCACCAUGGACUCCAAGCAUUGCGAAGCAAUCGUCCCCGCAAACAACCAAAGUAUAAAUAAAUUAGUAAAAAGUGAAGCUUGUUUAAUCAAAUAUCGCGCUGUGUAAUUAUUAUUAGAGAAACCAAGAUUUUUUAACAUUUACGAAAUGAUUAAUGAGUGUUUUAUUUUUAUUAUGAUGAAACUUUUAAGGCAGGCUAUUUUUUAUUUCACUAAAUUAGAAGAAUAAAAUCAUGACAACAUAAUUGUUUUAAUUAAACCCCAAAGAAAACGUCGUUCAUAAUCAAUAAUGCAAAACAUAAUGACUUCCUAAUUGAUAAUGUCUAAAUGUAAGCGCAAAUAAUAUAUCGAAUGCACCUGACAAAAAGUGUUUUAAAUGUAAAUAGACUUGAAAACCAAUUAUAUCAAUGCUUUCUAUUCUUAUAAAAGUGUGCGUGUGUCUUCCUAAAAAACCAAUUCAAAACAAAUGUUUGAAAUUGAAGCCAUCGAUGUUAGUGGGUAUUAUAAUUUAUCGACCACAAAGUAUGCCAAAUAACCCUUUGUUGAUAAACACAUUUGUAUAUGUUUUUUUUUUUUCAAUUAGCAACACAGAUGUGGAUUCCAACUACGGCAUCAGCUUGAGCACCGAGAAUUAUAUUCUAGAAAGAUUCAAUUAAAAUUAAAUAAGAUCCGAUUUUA